AUGUGCAUUCGGCUUAUCCCUGCUUCUUGUUUCUCAACCCGUGCUCAGAUACCACGUCGCAAAGAAGAUUCCGCUGUGCAGACAAGCAUUAUCGCGCCCGGAGGGGAGAUGGGCGCAUGGAAUGGUAGUCACUCGUUGCCUUCACUGUGUCACAGUCCGCUAGUUACCACCACAACCAGUGUCAAUUCGCCGUGUGCCAAUGUGCCUCGACCGGUCAAAGGGGAUAUCGGACAGACCAAACAAGAUUUGAUCUCGUUUGCCGAUUGGCCGAAUGUGACCAAGUUGUUGGCCGAACAGCAGGCCACCAACAAUGCCACUGCCAGAUUUACCGCGUUCAACAAUUCGGAUCCACAAUCGACGAUACCCUUCACUCCGGAAACUCCCGUGCCUAAUCCAGCAACUCAGAUCACUCCAACCCCCACGAAUUCCUUCAUGUUCCACACAGAACCCCCAUUCGUCAAUCCGAAUCCAGCAUUUGGUUCCACUGCACCAGGCGUAUCCCGACCGAUGACCACAUUUGACACCGCGUGGUUACCGGAGACUAAAAGAAAGAGGUAA